CACCCAGCGGAGCUCCAUCACCCACUCUCCUGCCUUGGAUUCUGCCACUGAGCUGCUUUAAGGAUUUAAGAGGGGAGAUUGUCCUACUUUCUGAGCUUCCAAAUCUUUUUGUCUGGUGGACCCUGAAUAGAACUUAGAGCAUCCUCAAAUGGCAACGAAAAUUGACAAGGAAGCGUGCAGAGAAGCUUACAAUCUGGUGAGAGAUGAUACCAAUGAAACGAGCUGGGUAACUUUUAUAUAUGAUGGCCAUACAAUAGUCCCAGGAGAACAGGGUGAAACCUAUGAAGAAUUUGUUUCUACUUGCAAAGAUGAUAUCAGGCUGUAUGCUUACAUCCGAUUCAUAACUGGGGAUGCCAUGAGCAAGAGAACCAAGUUUGUCCUAAUCACCUGGAUCGGUGAACAUGUUGGUGGCCUCCAGAGAGCCAAAACUGGUACAGACAAGACCCUGGUGAAAGAUGUAGUGCAGAACUUUGCCAAAGAGUUAGUGAUCACAGAGUAUAAAGAGCUGGAGGAAGAAUACAUUAGGAACGAGUUGAAGAAAGCAGGCGGAGCCAAUUACGAUGCCCAAGCUGAGUAGAGCCAUGCCUCCGUGGUGCCACCUGCCAGUUUCCAGUCCUGAAGCCAACAACGUGAAAACUGCAGAAUACUCGAGGAAGAAAAACCAAGCAAAUAAUAACUGGUUAUUUCUUUUGCAAAUGCCCCUAACCUUGCUAUCCAGCCUACCCGGGCAAACUGGAUGCACUUUGCCAUUCCACAUCACAUUAUCUCCAUAUUCAUCUCUGAUAGUGAAACACUGACUUGCACCAAACAGAUUUCUGCAUGGCCAUGCUCCCACUGGCUACUGACAUAUAAUUAGAAGUUACUGUGGCCCUUAGCAAAAAUCUUUUUGGGGACACUAUAUCCCCAGAACGAUUAAGACCUAUAGCACAUUGAUUGAAUUUUUUAAAUUGAAAUUUCACAUGUUUUAGGGUUUCCCUUGCCCCCCCCCCUACACUUCUGGAUCCUCCAGCAGUUGCAGGAUAUGAGCUCCUUAUAGUUAUGCCUAUAUUAUUUACGCACAUACUGUACAUUUACUGGCAUCUGUCAUGUAAUUUAUUAAUUCCCAGGAAUGUUAAACGUGAAACCUAGUGUCGCAUUCUUUGUACUUGGCCAGAUAAAGCUUUUAAAUUAAAAAAAGCAUAUCUUUAGACAAAGAAAAACAUUUGGAAACUCCUAGUUCUAUAAUGAAAAAGUCCAACCUAUCACCUUUAAAUAACUCCCAGUAUCACCUGGGAGCCUUUAUUUAUCUGAGAAUGCUGAGAGUUGUAGUUUAUCAGCAGGUGGAAGGACAGUGUAUGGAUUUGUGUGCUUUUUAAAAAAAUCCUAUGGUAUUAUUUCCUCUAGUAAGCAUGGAUAUAAACACUGUACAAGGGACAUAAAUAGAGGCAAUCAGAGAAGGCUCUAGAUUUUUUUUUUUACAUUUACACAUUAAAACCAAUACCAAGCUCUACACCCAAGUGCAGUGGGAACUGCCUUUCAUUCUAUGUUUUAUUUACCUUUUUUUUUUUAUAGAUAGAAACAUCAACGUUCAGAAAUGACUUGAAAAUAGUUUUACAGUGUAUUGCUUAUCGUAUGUGUAGCAUGUUUUUUAGGGACAGUUGUGCUGAAAUACAGAGUUUCAUAUGAAACAGUCAUUUGUAAUGUUUACAUUUGUGUACAUAAAAAAACAGAGGCGGAAUAUGAGAUAUAUUUUGUUUUUCCUGGAGAAGAAUCUUUUGGGGGGCUCCUGCAUUCUGGCCCUAUACAUAUUGCGCCCUGCAGACCCUUUAAAGUUUCUUUAAUAUGGAAGAGUACUGGAAAACACAAUAACACACAGGAGAUUUAAUUUGUUUUGGUUGCACGUAUCUUUUAUUGAUAAACAUCUGUAAACAUUCCUGCUGUUUCAUAUGUGACCAACAUGUAGUUAAGCCUCACUGUGCCUUUAAACGUUUUUUUUUUGCUUCACGACCGUCAUCUCUCUAUAGAAAUAGUCAGUGGAUUGGGCAGUGCUGAAAGUGCCUUCAGUCUGUUGCAUGUGAGUUUGGCUUCUCUGCUUUGAAACCAGCACAAAAUAAAGCUGCCAAGUAUAUAGUGAUUACCUCUGGCAGCAGUGUAACAUUCUGGGUUUCUGCUUAAACAUGCAAAGUAAGGAAAGCACCCGCUGCUUUAAUGUGCUUUUAUUUCUGUGGGAACAGUGGUGCUGCUGUGCAGUAACCUGAAGGCCUAUAAAUCUGGCUGUGUCUACAGGAGCUGGGCCACUUGUAUUGCAACAGAACAAGGAAAUCCAAUUAACUGGAAUGAGAAGUGUGGGACAGCAUCAAUGCUAAGAAUAAACCACUUGAACAAUAAAAAAAAAAAUAAAGAGGUUUUUUUUCA